CACUCUCUCUCACCAAGAGGUGGUAACAUAAUGGCAGCACAGAGCUGGCAGCCCUACUCCUCACUCACCCAGGCUCCCACCAACCUGAAGGAGGCCAUUGACUGGGUCCUCAGGGUAACUGGUAAGGAUGGUAAGAAGAAUGAGAAGAAAGACAACGCACUCCACUGUCUGUGCUACCUCGCUAAAGCAGUGAAGGACCUACUGUAUGACGCCAAGGACCCGGGGUUCCCUGGUCCCAGCCCUAGGAGGAACUGGGAUGACAUACUCCUGGACCAGGAACAGUCCAUAGUCAAGCCAGUGCUCCAGGACCUGGGACUCCUUAGUGGUGGCAGCACUGGCACUAGGGCUGCCAGUAGUACCUGCGCCGGUGGCACCGAGGUCAUAAAGACACUGAUAGACCACUUGGCACUGGGACUACAGAAGUGGGUUGGGUGGAAGGAUGAGCGAGAUGAUUGUUGUCUUAAGGGAGCAGGUGGAGAGAGUAAGGGUAUAGGGAAGAAGUGUAAAUGUGCUGGUGGUACUGGUGGUGGUGUUACCAAUUGUUGUUCCGGUGGAACUGCUAGUCACGAGUGUGAAACGUGUGGUACCAGUGACAGCGCUUCCAACAAAUGUUACCAGUCAGCCUACAAGAAGGAUAAAGCCUUAUGGAUUGACAUAGUCAGUGGUACCACUGGUGCCGGAGGAAGUGGAAGUGCUGGUAGUGCAGUGGGUGGUAAAGGUGGUAGUGGUGUAGCAGGUCCUCCUGCAGACCUAGUGAAAACCGCCCAGGAGGUCCACCUCCUGGCCCGUAUUUUCCUAGGGUCAGUAUGUCUCAUCUGGAGUGGACUCAGUCAGUUGGGGUUCCUAACUAAGGAGGGGAGUGGUGGCAACAAGGAGAGGUGGAGCAAUAGUAAUCUACACGAUGAGACUGUGAAUCUCGGCUCAUUCAUGGCGGCCAUGGGCUAUGACCUGGAUAGGUUGAAUCAGGACAGUAGUGGAGGUAAAGGAAAUGGAGAGUUUGUGCAAAAGUUACUAUCCGGAACGGAUAUAAAGUGGCAGGAAUUCAAAAAUGGCGCAGACAAAAAUAGUGUAGCUGAGUACUAUAGCACUAUCUAUGACAAGGCGAAGGAAGCACUGAAGAAGGACAAUAAAACUGAAUCCAUAUGCAAUGACUACCCCCUAUUGGUACUCCACAUCCUGGCCAGUGGGUACUUCAGGGCAGGUAGUGCCGGGGCUAAUAAGAUCAUGCUGGCGCCUUCGGCGCCUACUAAGAAAGAAGAAACUCCCUCUUCUAGGAAACCCCGUCACCCACGAACAAUCCGUGAAAUCCUAUACUGGCUAAGUGCUCUGCCCUAUAGUCAGGGAUACUGUGGAUUGGUGACAAGGAUGCAACACAAGUAUCCCCCAAAAGAUGGAGUACCAAAUGAAACAGUAGAUCAGAUAGAACUCUACGAUACCAGUGCAUCUAAGGCUAGUACCACUCUCCAGCGUAAGGAUAUUACCCACUACCUAAUGGCCGCCUGUGGCUACUGCCCACUGGUCCUCAUCGGGAUCCAGGGGACCAUAGAGAAGGAGGUGGACAAGGCACAGCCGGCAGCACAAGGUAGUAGUGGUGGUAGUGCUGGUACUGCUCAGAGUACUAACAAGUGCCCUGAACACAAGAAAAACCCUAGCGCUAAGAGGUGUAAACUAGGAAAGGAUGCUGCCCAGGCAUCGGCAGCUCCCCCGGCAGCUUCCGCCAACGGAGAACUCAAGGAAGGUGAGGUCUGCUACGGCGGGUACCACCUGGCAGUAAAGGAUUUCGGCCCCCUCCAUGGGAUGUACGCCAAUGGGCUCUUUGGCUUCCAGAUGGACGGCUCUCCCGCCCAGUGCCUGGACCAACUGAGGGUAUAUGUCUACCACUGCUUCUACCAGCUCUAUUUCCUGAGGAAGCAAUGCAAGGUGGGAGUGGAGAGUGGAGCUGUGCUGGGCUGGAAUAGUUGUAGGUAUGGUAGUGGAGUGAGUGGUAGCAGUACAAACGAUUGGCGCUGUACUGCAGAGACCCAAGGUGCUGCUGGAAAGUGUAAGUGCAUGGAUAGCACCAGCACUGACUCGCCAUUGAUGUCAUUCCUAUGUGAUGGACCAGGGAAACUGGUGUGUUUUGAUACAGUGGGCAAAGGUGUGGAUGAUUAUCCACCUAUUGAAACGCAUUGGACCACUAAGGAUGAUAAUCCUAAAGGUCACUUUGGCACGCCAGACCUCAAUUACCCCAAGUUGUGCCCUGUUCCAAUGGGUUGGAGCGCAGAAAGUGGUAGUGGCAGUACUCAACAAAGAGAGAACCACUUCAAAGAUUUAACCCAGGGUACCCAUAAGACAGAGCAACUUACAGGAGCUCAAGCAGCAGGUAGUGGUGCCGCUGGCACUUACCCUGCCCACUGCACUGGGAAUACACUGUCACUACUCCUGGAGUACCACUGUGACCCAGAGAAGUGCCAUGGCACCCUAGUGGUACUACUGAGACUACUGGCCUGUAUUACUCCCACGGUGCCACGGACCCUGGGUGACCUCUUUGGGUUCUAUUACUAUAUAGUCUAUAUUGGGGGAAAGAGUGGUGGUGCUGGAGAGCAGGAAGUUAACAAGGCCCUAGGGAUAUACGAGCAGGAAUCUAAAUUGCACAUGAUGUCUAUUGGUGGUGAUGCAGUGGUCGAGGCACUUAAGAAAUACGGUGGAGAUUGCAGUAACAAGAACGAUACCUUGAAGUGCCUAUAUACAUGCCCUAACAGUGCCCCUACUGGUCAAUGCUCUCAAUACCUCUCUCCUCUGAGUGGCCAGCAGUAUGGCCAGUUGAGUCCAGCGAUGGCCGGGACCUACCUGUCAUGGUUGGUAUAUUUGAUAGGGGAGUUCCAGGAAGGGUUGGAUAAGUUGAAGGAGGAUUAUAUGAAGGUGGAUUGUAAGAGUGAUGGGUGUACGGGUCCGGGAGGAGCUGCUGGUGGAUGUGGCGGUGGACAGUGCCAAGCCGGAACCCAUGGAAAUAGAGACACAUGCUGCUGUACCUCUGUCGUAUCAUGUACCGGGGUACUACCGGUGUUGUACAAGUAUGGCUUUGGGUAUGGUGAUGUAGAGAAGUUGCACAAAGGUCCAGGUACACAAAAAAAGUGUCACGAUUUCUUGGAGACCUUGAAGAAUGUAGAAGGCAGCAGCGAGUUCAAGAAACUCAUUAACGAAAUAAACCAGCUCAUCUACACCACCAGGCUCCCCUGGAUCUUUGUCCUGACCAUAGCAUGGCUAGUAGCGGUGCUCUACCUAGCAUUUGGUGCCAUAUGGCCACUGGACUGGACACAUAUGAGGUCACAUUGUAGGGGAUGGUUCAGGAAGGGUAGUCUGAGUCCAUGGGAGGUACUGAUGGUGGGUAAGAAGAAGGGGAGGGGUAUAUUGGAGUUCUUUGGUAAGACAUAGUGGCAAAGUGGUGGCGCCUUCGGCGCAACA